AUGCACACGAAGCGGCAAAGGGAAGGAAGAGGGGAGUAUUUCUACUCGUUAUUCUCCAGUAGCAGCCGUGACCAGCACCAGUCCUCCUUUUGCCGGCCUUUAAUGGUGCUACAGCAUCUUGAACUUCUUCGAAAGAAGCGUAUUUUGCUCGCGUCUGCCUCACCGCGGCGCCUAGAAAUACUUAAAAUCAUCGGACUUGAUGUCCACGUAUGUCCAUCGGGUGUUGCAGAGGAUUUACCAAAGAGUGAGUUCAAGUGCGGUGGGGAUUACGCUCUCUGCACUGCAAAGCUGAAAGCUAAACACAUAAUUAGACAGAAAAUGGAAGCGGCCAACAGUGGCAGUGGGAAAACGCAAAGUGGUUCACGCAGUCGCUUGCCGUUUGAUGUGCUCAUUGCGGCUGAUACCGUUUCGACGAUGCCCGCUCACGAGGGCGACGGUACAAUCGACAUCAUUGAGAAACCUUCGACCCGCGAGGAGGCGGCCGCCACGAUGCGACGGUUGUCUGGAAACUCACAUGAGAUGUGGACCGGCGUCGCCAUUGCUGUGGUGUGCGGAAAGAACUCCACAGAUGACGAUGGAGGCGUCGGGGACAACUGUGAGGAGUUGAUACGUUGGUUUGAGUUGAAGGUGUGCACCACCGUGCACUUCGCGGUGUUGUCGGAAGCUGAAAUAUUGGCUUACACCAGCUGCCCAGAUAACUGGGCUGGUAAGGCGGCGGGUUAUGGUAUUCAGGGUAUCGCUGCCUGCAUGAUCCGCUCUAUAGAGGGAGAUUACUACAAUGUUAUGGGGCUUCCGCUUCAGGCUGUGUGUGCUUUGUUUGACAAACUCAUCGAUGAGGGGAUAAUUUCACACAAUUAG